AUGAAUGUGGAAGAUCGCAAGAACUUGGAAAUUAAAAUUGGUUUUAAAGUUGUGAAAAAGAAACUGGCCAUAACUACAAUUCCUUUGGCAGACUUCAAGAAGGCCUAUUACUGGACAUCCAGCAUUAAUGAAAUCACCAAAGAGCAUAUAGAGCUCAGCUACAAACCAGAAGUGCUGAAAGAACAGCAAGCAGUUUGUACAGAAGAAGUUGGUGAAACAAAGGCUGCAGAUUUAAUUCUGGAAGAGGAAUCUACUGAAGAUAUCAAGACCAGCCCAGAGGAAUUAAAUGCCAAAUUAAAUGAAGAUGAGGUACAGAAAGACACAGAAGAUGCUAAUAAACAGCUGGCAUCAGAAGAAAAAGAAGAUCAGCCUGGUGUAUCUCCAUCAAAUGAUGUUGGAUUUAAAAAGGUUUUUAAAUUAGUUGGAUUCAAAUUUACAGUUAAAAAGGAUAAAACAGAGAAAGCUGAACCUGUUCAGCUAUUGGAUGUAAAGCCAGAGGUUGCAGAAGGGUCAAGUGACGUAGUUGGAGACUAUAAACAACUCAUGACAGAGACAGUGGGAGAAGCCACACAAAGUGAAAUCACUGCCUCUGUAGACAAGACUGAGGAAGAAACUCAGGCUGAGGAGAUGAAAGGAGAAACCUCUGAGAAAGUAACAGAAAGCCCUGUGGAAGCAGAAAGCAAAGAGCCAGAAAUCAAAAACAAUGGGAUUAAAUCUCCAGAUUCUCCAGUAAGCCCAUCAACUGCUGAAACUGCAUCACCUCUGAGAAAGUUUUUUACUCAGAGUUGGGCUGGGUUUAGAAAAAGGACAAGCUUCAGAAAGCCUAAAGAAGAAGUGCAAUCUGAGAAAGAAAAACAAGAACAAGAAAUGGAGAAAGAAGUGACAACAGAAGGAAUAAUUGUUGAAGAAGAAUUAGAAAAAGAAAAACUGACACCAGAAAAAGAUGGGACAGAAGAUAUUAAAGGAAAUGAAGAGGAACAAAAAAUAGAAAAGAGUGCAAAUGAGCGUAAGAAAAAAGUUGAUACUUCUGCAUCAAGGGAAGCCUUAAUUUUUGUAGAAAAAGUAGAAAAUAUUUACAGGUAAUCCCCAAGUUGCGAGCGUUCACUAGUGCUUAUGAACAAGUCCUGAAAUUACGAAUAUUACAGCAUCAUAGCAGUCAUUCACCCUUACAAGA